AAGAAAACCGGCGCUGAUUUUGAACUUUCCAGAAGAAUGUGCAGACUUUAUCAAGCAGGUGUGGCUCUGCGGUUGCUGCUGUGGGAAAUCACCGCAUAACCUCUCUUUUCCAACAUUGGACGUUGAUACGUUUCAUGUCAGCCACACUAUCACAGGAAUAACAACAAGUAAGUGCAAAAGAGCUGCAUGCAGCAACACACGAUGGAGUCGCCUGUGGUGAACCUGUACAACCAGUUCCAGAGCCUGGCAGCCCAGGUGGACGGUCUGAAUGAGGGCAUUGAACCACAGUUCCUUCAGAUGGCAGUUCACUUUGAGGAGUGCCGUAAGAAGUGGUUGGGGACAGGUGAGGAGCUGGUUUCCUGUAAAGAAGUGCUGGCCAAAGCAGAGACUGAGAGAGGAGCCCUGGAGGUCAAGCUAAAGCAUGCCCGCAACCAGGUGGAUGUGGAGAUCCGCCGGCGGCAGAAGGCGGAGGCAGUCCACGAGAAGCUGGAACGUCAGCUACAGCUCAUCCGGGAGCUGCUGAUAUCGGAGAACAACGGUAACAGUGUCCACUUGAGUGAGGAGCAGCGCUCCGCCCUGGCCUUCCUCAGUGCCCACUCACAGGCAGCACAGGCUGCUAAGACCAACCUCAACUCCAGUCGGAGGUUAACUGUCAUUGAUGAAUCAGCUUCUUUGCUGUCGGACAUCAGCUAUGACCAAACAGACGACUCUCUGGACUGGGAUUCCUCCGUGAUGAAGACUGUCCGACUGCGGAAACGCCAGAAACGACGUUCCUCCAGAAAACUCUCUGAGGUUCCACCACAGGCAUUGAAGAAACCUCGCUCCACUGGACGAACAGCAGAAAGGAUGAACGAUUCUAUUGUGGCAAAAACCACAAUCACUGUCCCGGUGAACGGUGGUGCUGUCGAGGCCGUCUCCACCAUUGAAACUGUUCCUUACUGGACACGCAGCAGAAAGAGCGUUGCUCCAGCAUGGGGUGAUACAACCACUACUGACCAAUCUGAAACUGCAAGUGAGGCUCCAAGCACACCAGUCUCGCAUUUCCCAACUCAGCUCCGAACCCCCCGACCUAAUAGAGGAGGAAAGAAGCACCAGUUCAUCCCAAAAACAGUGAUCAAGUCUGAGUUCUGCGUACCAUGUGGAAGAAGAACAAAGUUUGGCAAGAUGUACCUUCGCUGCCAGGAUUGUAAGGCUGUGACCCAUCCAGAGUGUCGUGACUACUGUCCUUCGCCCUGCAAUCCCACAGCCGUUGGAACUCCCAUCGCUAACACAGAGAUCACCCUAGCGGACUUUGCUCCAGCCACCUCCCCAAAGAUCCCAGCUUUGGUCAUCUACUGUAUUAAGGAGAUUGAACAUAGAGGCCUACAUGAGGUUGGCCUGUACCGAGUCUCUGGUCAAGAGCGCAUGGUUAAAGAGCUGAAGGAGAAGCUGAUAAGAGGAAAGACUCUGCCUCCCCUUCACAAAGUCGAUGACAUUAACGUCAUUACAGGUGUCCUCAAAGACUUCCUCAGAAACCUCCCGGAGCCACUGCUCACCUUCCAUCUCAACAAAGUCUUCAUGGAAGCCGCUGAAAUCCAGGAUGAUGGCAACAGUCUCGCCACACUGUAUCAGACCAUCAGUGAGCUGCCUCAACCCAACAGAGACACUCUGGCCUGCCUUAUGAUCCAUCUGCAGAAGGUCUCAGAGUGUGUGGAUACCAAGAUGGAUGUAAACAACCUGGCCAGGGUGUUUGGCCCUACUCUUGUGGGUCAUGCUGUUCCCGACCCAGACCCUAUGACCAUCCUGCAUGACACAAACCGACAACCAAGGGUUGUAGAGCGCCUGCUUAGUAUUCCAACAAACUACUGGGGCCGGUUUGCUUAUCCAGAUAAUACAGGCAUGGACGAUGCUCACCACACAGUGAGCAUAUUGGGACCAGUGACCACUCCAGAGCACCAGAUGAUGGCCAAAACGCCCUCCUCCAGCUCGCUGUCCCAGCGCAUGAAGCAGACACUCUCCAGCACCUCAAUAUUUGGGAGCAAGAGCAAAGCAUCAGCGGCCUCUAACCGCCAGGGAAACUUCUUCGCCUCUCCACAGCUGAAGUAAUGGUAAAGGAGAAAAAGAGAUUCACCCAUAUUGUAUUUCUGGGUAACUUACUGCAAUAACUGAAGAUAUAUUCACAUAAUCAUGUGGGAAAACUACUGUGCAAUUUUAGCAUGUAAGACUUUUAUUACCGUGUUUUUUAUUCAAGUAUUUUAUACAACAAUUUCUAACCCUACUUUUUUUUUUUUUCUUUUGAAAAGAUUACUGCAUGAGUGUUUCAGUUUGAUUUUAUAUCUUUGAUUACUAAUGAUUUAUCAUUGACCAAAACUGCGAGGACAUCGAUGUGAUUGUAAGAGGUUUGAAGGCUUUGACCAAGCAACCAUUCUAAACCAAUCUAAGGAUUAUAUGCUCUGCUUUGUGUUUAACAUGGGUUUGAUGUUCAAAAGCUAUGCAUUCACAGGUGUUAGUCUGUCUUUGAGCCUGUGGUUGUAACCACAGCGACAGGGGUACUCGAACACACUUGAAAUACAAAGCUGCAUUUGACAAAGAAAUGUCCAAUGAUAGAAAGAAACUCUAUCAUUGGACAGUGUCUCUUGGUCUUUUUGCGUUGGUUGCCUUGUCAUUGUCCUGAAACUGACAUAUUUUUUUGUUUAACAUUUUAUUUUAUAUUUAUGUUGAUUGUGCACUGUGAUGUAUAUGAAUCAUGACAAUUUAUGUACUCUAACAAUACUGCAGUGUAAACACUGAUCUUAAAUGGGAAGUUGCCUUUUGCACCGUCUAUGUAACAAUUGGCAUCUACAUGGGAACACAAGCCACUAGAGGCUGCUGUUGCACCACUUUUGUUAUGCAAGCCUUAACCAAUGAAGAUGAUCUACUGCAUAUUAUGCACACAACCAGUGAGUAUUACUGACACUCAUUACAAUCAACAGAUCAUUGGACAUACUGUAAGUUAUUCCUGUGACCUAGGACAGUGAAGCAAAGAUGUAUCUCCCUCACUAGCCAGAGAUCUGAGACUCUUAUCUGUGUGGUCAUCACAAAAGAAAAUCUGGAGCUUCUUUAAUUUAUGAAAAAAAAAAAAAUGAUUUGCAUGCACACUCACUAUUUUAAACAUUUGUAUCCACCUUAACAUUCUUGCACAGUUACAUCACCAGCAAUGUACAAAAAGUGACAUUUCCUCUAAGGAAAUUUAUUUUCUGCUGUUCUUACUGUCGAGAGUUCCAGAUUUUAGCGUGACGAUGACAUUACUGUUAUUUAUAGGAUAGAUAUUUGUGUUGGCAAAAACUGAUUCACAGUAUUUAGUCAUUAAAACCAAAACUAACCAUGUUUUGCGUGGCAAUAAAGAAAUGGGCAUCGUUUGAGAUUGUGGGACUCAAACAUAACUACAUUGUUUGUACAUUUAUUCCAUUCUGUGGUUCUAUUUCUUUAAUAGGAUAUUGUCUAACUCAUGUAGUUAAAUUCACCAAAGAUUUGUUUGAAUGUUAACCUUAAUUUCUUUGUCUUGGCUCCAAAAGGUUAAAACAAAAGUCCAUUGUUGAGCUAAAAAUAAACCUCAAA